CGCGGAGUUGGAUUCCUGAGGCUGAGCCUCACUCAAAACACAACUCGGAGACAGAUGGAUGGAUGCCGUGUGUCUCAGCAGAGCAGGGGACUGGAGAGGAGAACUGGGAGCCAACCUGGACCAGCAGGAAUAUCCAGACCCAUACUGUGCAUCAGGGAGACAGCAAUCUGAUCUUCUGCCCUCCCUUAACUUUUCAACAUGGGCCAGUCAGCCAGCCUGUCUUCUAGCCCUUCCAGGAACGUCAGCUUCUUCCACAGCUCUCCCAAACAACCCCCCUUCGAUAAGAACCAACCAGGCGUCUUUGCCAAGCUGACAACGCCCUCUUUAAGCAAGCCCAAAGAUUUCGUACAUCUCAUCAGUAACUGCAUCUCCGCCGCAUCGACCAGAACUCAGGAAUACCUCGCCUUCAAAGACCCAGAAGAAAAGUUCCACCCGAGUCCUCAGGCAUUAACUCAGGUCUUCCUGAUGACUUACAUCGCUCAGAGCUUCAGCCUCAACAUGACGGACACCUUCAACUGCACCAUCAUGACCCCUGAGCAGCGCAUCCUGCUGGGUGCUGACUGGGUUUGGGCCUUGCUUGAGAAGCCCACCAAGAACCCUAAAAUCCAGAUAGCUGUGCAGGUUGUUCACCUGCCUGAGAGGGAGAACCACGAGAACGCUGCAGAGGAGGCCAAGACUGAAUCCAUCAAGAUGGCCCAGAUGGAGUCGAGCAGUAAAAACACGUACGAGAGGAUGGUCAACUUCUGCGCUUCCGUCGGCAAAGACUGCUACGCCCUCUUCUUGUUCUUUGGGAAAAAAGACGACAAGAAGAACAUCUACGGCGUCCUCAGCAAUAACAUGGAGGUGGCCAUUACAAAAUGUGGCCGGGUAGACAGAGCUUUGGUUGAGAACUUCUUUAAAGGUACAAAGACUUUCCAUAAAUCUUCAGAAAUGAUGCGUUCGAUUAUUAACAAUGAAAAGAGCGAACCCCUCACUCUAACCAUUAAAUUCAGCUGAAGACUGGAGCAUUUGUAUCACACUGAUGCAGACCAUUGUCACCACGAAAGAAACAUUCCUGAAAGCUCCACGUUUUAGUUAUUCCAAAGAAACAAAAUGUAUAUUUCUAAACUGAUCGUGUACAGAAAGAUCCCAUUUAAAAGGCACAUUCAGAAAAGUUUGAAUUAAAAGUCACUUAUUUAACUUCUUUUAGUGACGAACAUGAAACUGCCACAUCAUUUAUAAUCAUC